AUGGAUCCGGGCCGAUGGACAAGUCUCUAGCAGGAAAUGGAGAGAGACUAGGCUAUAUAUGCGCUCCUGGGCUGCUACACUCAUUCAACAUAUCUGGCAGGAACAGAAGCCGACACAAAUGCGAGAUGGACAACUGGUAAGUAACUGGAUUUCAGCCUUUAUGAUGCUAUGGCUUAUCAUUUGUGUCAGCUCCUCUCCCCUCUCAGUGGUUGUCCAUAUGUCAUCAAAGGUCGGUCUGCCAGCUGUCCUGCCCUGUUCUGUGGCAUCACACCUGGACUCUGAUCACACGCCUCACAUUCAGUGGCAGACCAUAAGCUAUUCAGUGUUUGAGAGAAUGGGACAGGAGCAGUUUCAGGGGGAGGCUUAUAGAGACCGGGCAGAUGUCCCAGAGGAACUGCUUGUGAGAGGAAACUGCUCUUUGUUCUUGCAGGAUGUCAGAUUCAACGAUGCAGGCAUUUAUGAGAGUUACUUGGUGUAUGGUGAAUCAAAUAUCAAGAACCGAAUUUUCAUUCAGAGUGUCCAUCUUGCAGUAAUUGAUCACAAGGCCAUCAAAUCUGUGGAGAUUGGGGCAGACCUGAUCCUGGAUCUGUACACUCAUCAAGCCGAGCAAGUGAUUUUUCAAAACAGUAAUGAAACCGACUGGACAGUCCUGUGGGAGAAAGAUGGAGUCAUAAACAAGAAAGGUUAUCUGAAAAAGAGAGACAACAAGUUGAUUCUCAGGAGGGUUACGGCCAGCAGCGCCGGAACAUACACAGUUCUUGACUCAGAGGGUUUGGCUCUCAGCACAGUGAAGGUCAAAGUUACAGAACCUGUGCUCACAAAAGAAACAGAAACUCUGCAAAUGCAGUCUGCAUCAGGUAAAGCUACAAUGAGUAUGCCUCCUCUAAGCCUCAUUACUCUUUUCCUCACAUUUAAUCUAAUGCUUCAAAUGAAUUAAGAUUGUUCUGAUUUAAACUGUAUUUUUCAUUUAACUUUUAACUGAACUAUCUUUGCCUAUAUUAUGGGACAAGUUAGGUGUAAAACAAUUGUGAGAAGCAAGGUGUUUCAUAUACUGAAUUUCAUAAGUCUGGUGUUCUCUGACUUGGCAUCUAUGAAAGCUCACUAAUGUGUGAAUACCUGAAACCUGUGUGUGGAUACUUUUGUAGUGGUUAUUUUACUGUACAUUGAAUUAUAUGAACAUUUCAACUAUUCUGAUAAAGAUUUAUCAAAAACGAAAUAUUAAAAAAGAAUAUUAUAAGUGAAUUGUUUUAUUAGAAAUGUACACAAACAAUAAAAAGACAGCAGUGUGUAAAAAGGCACUAUUUAUACCUAAAAUGAUUAGGCAUAUGCAGGUUUAAAAUAGUAAAGUUAAGACACUUAAGAAAUAUGAUUUAGUAAAACGCUGUAUAUUAUUUAUUAUGAUUGUUAUCACAGUAAAUAUCACUGCUUUCAAAGUAGAGAAGGUUUUUACUGGCAGGAAUGUGUGAUUGUACGUAUAUUUGUAAGAUAGAAACAAAUGGUUAAUAUUCUGAAAUUUCAUCGGUC